AUGGAUGCAGCUGCACUUUUGUGCAAUAUUUGCCCCAAACGGCCUACCUUCAGUGAUGUAUCCCACCUGCUGACCCAUAUCUCCUCAAAGGCACAUCUGUCCCACUAUUUCAAACUCCAAGUCCGCAGCCAUCAGGAGCAACAAGCAGUCACUCUGAUACGUGAGUAUGAUAGGUGGUAUAAGGCCAAUAAUCUGGCGAAAUUGCUUUCAGAUCGGAUGUCCUCGAAAGAAGCCCGCAGAAAGAAGACGCACGAGAAGAUAAACCCGGAGAGGGAAGUCGAGCACCGAACGACUGGGCCACUUUCUACUACUGCAUGUCUUUCACCCCAGAACCCACUUCCCGACUAUUUGGAUCCACGCCUUUCUCACUCCUAUGCCAUUUCAGAGUCGGAGCCUGGGAAUACAAACUCGUCUCACGCUUCCAGUCAUGCCCAGCCUGUCCACCCUGCCUCCAACAUUUGGAAACAAGAACCCACACAAAAUGAGGAUACAUCCGCCCAAGACACGUUGUAUUGGUCUGGGACACUGGGUAAUGAGACAGACAUGGUUCCCCAGUCGUCCAACCACUACAUCUGCGAUCCGUUUAUCGACGACAAUGACGAGGACAGCAUGGAUUUCCCAACGAACAGCGAGAUGGAUAAAGAAAGAGCCGAUGAGAUAGCCAGACUGAAGGGCGUACUAUGGCCCGGAAUGGAUAUUUUUGACUCCGCUACUGAACAAAUGAGACGCAGACGCAACCAGAAGAAGGACGAGAGCAUCUUGAAGAUGAUGGAGAAGACCUCCCUCUGCGUCGAGCCUACGGAGCUUGUGUUUUCGCCUACAGGGAUCUUGCGAAAGCAGCGUCUGAUCUCUGGUAAUGUUGAAGACAGCAGCCCUCUCAAGGGGGAAACGCCCAUCCCCAAACGACGAGUGAAUCGUCCCAAGCGUGUCCUUUCCCAAGUCGACCCUAAUAUCCAUCGUGGACAAGACAGGAAAAGGAAUCGGAGGACUACCAAGAGGGUCGAAAGUGCUGUGGAUGAAGACAUCAAUGGAAGGGGCAUACCACUUCUCAGGACCUCCUUAGCGCCCCAACGCCCCCCUGGCUAUGGCAGUCGCGGGGACGAUAUGGAUGAGUUUGCACUGGCUUUCAAAGAUAAUAAACUCAAGUCUCGCACCGGAUUUACUGUCUUCCGUGAUAUGCCAAGCCAGUACAACACAGGCUCACUUGACCACCAUCGUGGUGAUGGAUCACAUUCUGCGGCAUUGACCUCCCCUCAUCCUAUAUUCUUACUACGGGAGUUCACAACUAAUGCUGAUGCUUACCCGCUAUCGCCUGGCAAUCAUACUUCCACCUUGACCGACCGGGUUCUUGGUAUGUCAAUGGACAAAGAGAACAUUGAGCCACUUCUGGAUGUUCGUGGCCGCAUUGAUCCUCUGGUGGACUGGCAUUCUCCUUCCCUCACGGGGCAUCUAGCCAGCGACAUUGGCUAUCCACCACAAUACUUUUUUGGCGACGCUCGGCCCGUCGGUUUCAGUCCGUUCGAUAGUCAAAAAAGCCCCACUGGGUAUUCAUUUAACCCUUUGACCGUUUCACUUCCCCGCCUGGCCGCUGACGAUAAUCCAAUGUAUAAGGCGAAAGCGGACCACAAGCUGAAGUCUCAGUGUGGAACACAGCCGGGAUCUCCCGAGGCAACAAUUUCAGAGGUCGAUGAGGGUGAGUUUGACCGGCUUUACCUCGACGGGAGCUCCUGUUAACUCCUGCUCCUGCUACAAUUGUCUAUUAUCCUCUGGUUGAAGUCAAUUCCUGCGCGUCUAUUCAUCUUCUUGUACUUGCAUUCAACAACUUUUAUGUCCCACAGCCAGCGGAUUCUAUUCUGCUUUAUAGUCUGUUUUGCAUUCACCUUAUAUACAAGCGCUACCAUUACGAGGUAUGGAUACCUGGGGAUUACUGAAUUGGGGGCAGUCCCCAUUGAGAGCCUUGACACAUUGACUGUUAGAAGAUGCAGCCCAAGAUUGUACACAGUUAUGACAUUAUGUGUUAGGACGCAGAACAUGUUAUACUUAGGUAGAAGGUCC